GCCAUCUCUGCAGCUACCAUUCUGAGGCAUCCCUGGCUGCCUCAGGAGGGAAGUGAUCAGUGACGAGGCUGGCAACAGGCCUGGCACCGUGCUGCCAUGGAGACUAAGCAGGAACCAUCCACUGUGUGGAGUCAGAGUGUGAACAACGAUUCAAGCAACACCACACAGGUGCAUUUUGAAGGUGGCACUGUGGCCCAGAUUGUGUACAGCGGCGAUCAGCCAGACAGGGCGCAGCAGCAGGUGGUUUAUACAGCAGAUGGCAACUCCUAUACCUCAGUAGAGUCUGCAGAACACACUCUGGUCUACAUACACCCUGCAGAUGGCUCGCAGACUGUGUUUGCCGAUCAGCCGCAAGUUGCUUACAUUCAACAGGAUGGAACAACUCAGCAGGUCACAGUUCUGCUUCCCAGUGGGCAGAACAUGAAUGCUGCCAAUCUGCACGUCCUCAGUAAUGUUGCAGAUGCUCCACAAGCGAUCCUGGAGCCAGUAUCUCAGGAGCAGCUGUCCGUGUCCAACUCGCUCACCUCGAUGGCUGACAUGGCAGAGCCUCCCUCCAGCCCUCUCGGGGCCACCGACUCCACAGACGACUCUGACGAGGAAGAGGAUGAAGACUCUGAGAUGGAUGACUGGGAGCCUCGUCAGCCUCAAUCAUUCAACCCUCACAACCUCUGGUGCGAGGAGUGUAACUGUGCAAAUCCGUCACUCUGCCUGAAACACGGCCCGCUGCAUCCCAUUCCCAACCGGCCCGUGGUGUCCAAAGCCAGAGCCAGUCUUCCCCUCGUCCUCUACGUCGAUCGCUUCCUGGGCGGUGUGUUUUCCAAGAGGCGCAUCCCAAAACGCACACAGUUCGGUCCCGUGGAGGGACCUCUGAUUCCACAGAGUGAGCUUCAGGACCAUUACAUUCACUUAAAGUUGUGCAUGUUGGACUCGGAGAAGGACGGAGAGAAGUCUGAUGACAUGUGGCUGGACCUUUCUGAUGAGGACAGCUGCAACUGGAUGAUGUUUGUGAGGCCUGCUCAGAACCACCUGGAGCAGAACCUGGUGGCGUACCAGUACGGCUCAGAGAUAUUUUACACAACCAUCAAGAACAUCCAACCCAAGCAGGAGCUCAAGGUUUGGUAUGCUGCAUCGUACGCAGAGUUUGUAAAUCAGAAAAUCCAUGAUGUUACAGAGGAAGAAAGGAAAGUACUCAGGGAGCAAGAGAAGAACUGGCCUUGUUAUGAAUGUAACCGUCGCUUUGUGAGCUCCGAGCAGCUGCAGCAGCAUCUCAACAUGCACGACGACAAGAUAAACUCCGUAACCAGAUCCAGAGGCCGGGACGAGGAAGAGGAAAGAAAGAGAUUUGGAACAGGAAGGAGACCAGGAAGGCCGCCAAAAUUCACACGUCUGGACCCACCAGGAGACUCCAGUGCAGACAAGACAUCAGAAAUGCUGGAGUUGACAGAGAAGCGCUGGAGGAGCCGGAGGAGGGCGUCACACGGGCUGAAGGUGGUGGAGAUGGAGCCGGAGGUGGAGGGCCGGGCGAGGCGGGAAAGUCAGCUCAUCCCUCCUGCUGGCGAGCCGGACCCGGAGUCUGCCACUCCUCCCAGCAGUAAUCCGGAGCUGCCUGUCCCUCUGAAGGAGGACCCGGCGCAGGGCAGCCAGUCAGAGCCCCAUCUGAGCACACAGGACAUGCGGCGCGCCAAGAGAAUACGGAUGGAUGUCCAGAACGCAGCCCUUCAGCACCUGUUCAUCAGGAAGAGUUUCCGUCCUUUUAAAUGCACACACUGUGGUAAAGCCUUCCGCGACAAAGACAAGCUGGAUCAGCACCUGCUGGUCCACGGUCGGGAAGCCUACACCUUCUCCUGCCACAUCUGCAGCCGGAGCUUCAUGAGCGACUCGGCCCUGGAGGACCACCUGCUGGUGCACGCGGAGAACCGCUCCUACUCCUGUCUGUUGUGCACGGACACCUUUGAAAGGCUGGACCUGCUCAAAGACCACGUGGGCGUGCACGCCGUGGACGGCGUCUUCACCUGUCCCUCCUGCAAGAAGACCUUCACAGACUUCAUUCAGGUGAAGAAGCACAUACGCUGUUUCCAUUCGGAGAAGAUUUUCCAGUGCCCAGACUGUGAGAAGGCCUUCUGCCGACCGGACAAGCUGCGCCUGCACAUGCCGCACUCUGACCGCAAAGACUUCCUGUGUUCAACAUGCGGAAAACAGUUCAAGAGGAAAGAUAAGCUGCGGGAGCACAUGCAGCGGAUGCACAAUCCAGACAGAGAGGCCAAGAAGGCCGACCGGAUCCACCGCAACAAGACGCUCAAGCUGAAGGUGCCCACCACCGACUUCGAGAGCUUCAUGUUCAAAUGCAGGCUGUGCAUGAUGGGAUUCAGGCGCAGAGGAAUGCUGGUCAACCAUUUGUCCAAGCGCCAUCCGGAGAUGCGCAUCGACGACGUGCCUGAGCUGACGCUGCCAAUCAUCAAGCCCAACAGGGACUACUACUGCCAGUACUGUGACAAGGUGUAUAAAAGUGCCAGUAAGAGGAAAGCGCACAUCCUGAAAAACCACCCCGGGGCAGAAUUGCCUCCCAGCAUCCGGAAGUUGCGUCCAGCUGCUCCAGGUGAACCGGAUCCGAUGCUGAGCACACACACCCAGCUGACGGGUACCAUCGCCACCGCGCCGGUCUGCUGCCCGCACUGCGCCAAGCAGUACAGCAGUAAGACCAAGAUGGUGCAGCACAUCAGGAAAAAGCAUCCUGACUUUGCUCAGCUGGCCAACCCCAUCCAGACGCUGACGACAGCCGUGAUCAGCGGGACUCCUGCAGUCAUCAGCACGGACGGAGCCACGGCCGAAACCGUCGUGACCACAGACCUGCUGACCCAGGCCAUGACGGAGCUCUCCCAAACGCUGACCACAGACUACCGGACAGCACAGGGCGACUACCAGAGGAUCCAGUACAUCCCGGUGUCCCAGGCAGGGGGCAGCCUCUCCCAGCCGCAGCACAUCCAGCUGCAGGUGGUGCAGGUCGCCCCGGCUUCCUCCCCACAUUCCCAGCAUCCCACUGUGGACGUGAGCCAGCUGCACGACCCUCAUGGCUACAGCCAGCACUCCAUCCAGGUGCAGCACAUCCAGGUGGCCGAGGCUUCGGGCAACUGGCAGACUGCACCGCAGGUCGCUGGUCAGCCGUUAAGUCCGACCUCCCAGCAGACGAGCCAGGAGCUGAGCCCGGCCCAGCUGACCCCCGUCACUUUAGCUCAGAACCACACCCUCCAGGCUGUCAGCACGCAACAGCAGCAGCAACAACAACAGCAACAGCAACAACAACAACAGCAGCAGCAGCAGCAGCAGCAGCAGGGAACCGUGCAGCAUGCUUACAUACCUGGAAACUGGAACUACCGAGGCUACUCAUCUGAGAUCCAGAUGAUGGCUCUACCUCAUGCACAGUAUGUGAUAGCCGAGGCUAGCACCCCCACAUCUGGAGUCAACAGCAACCAGGUGAAAACGACACACUACGUUAUCUCUGAAGGCCAGACUGAGCUGGAGACCAAACAGGCGGUUCCUCAGAGCGCAGCCCCGGCCCACGCCGAACAUCUGGAGCAGCAGCCCAGCAGUCAGCAAGCCACCACGCAGUACAUCAUCACCACCACCACCAACGGCAGCGGCGCCAGCGAGGUCCACAUCACAAAGCCCUGAAAUCGCCUCCGAUGACUGGUUUUUCCUUUGCUCUUCGUUUUCCGACCCGUCGCUGACUCACGAGCCGAUCCUGCAUGUCGACCCUCGGCAGCUUGUGUGCACAUUCACUUUGAACUGCCGUCACCUGCACGUGGAUUUGGGUGUGCGCACAUACACAGAUUUAAUGGAGCAGCACAGUUUUAUGUGUCUGUAAAGUGUUACAGUAUUGAACGAGCUCAGAGAUCUUUGUGAGAAAAUGAGUCGACAGAAAAAAAAAGUUAAGAAAUUUUCGCCUCAGUUGAAUUUAAGUAUUUUCAGUGUUUUCUCAUUUCGAUGUUUUCGAUGCUGAAUUUGUUGGAUUCUGUUUCUAAUUUAUCCAUCUGUCUCCAUGCAACGCUUCACAGUGACUUGAAAUUGGGUUUCUUUAUUUAAAUAUACAUCGUUGACUUGGUGAUCGGUGAGAAGUUUUCUGGGAGCGAUGACGGCCUCAGGUGGUCCUGGAAGUACGUAAUGCACUUUCCUUGCUUCUUUUCCAACAUUAACUCUAAGAAAACUGACUUUUUACCUGUUAUGACCUCAGUUGUCCGUGUGGACUUCAGACAAGCUGCAGGGUCUUUUUAUGGACCACUGAUGGAGGCAGGAUGCACCAGAGCUCUGUUGCAAUACUUAGGUCGAAUGGCGUACUUUAAUCUGACGGCUCAGAAAUAUAAAGUAGGGGGGGAAAAAUCAGUUUAUUUCUGUAUAAACGAUAUAAACUUAAGUUCAACAUUAGUUUUCAUCAAAAUACCAGUUACUAGUGACACAAUGUUUCAUGCUCCUUACAUUUAAAUACUCAUUUUACAUAUUUAUAUUAUCACAGGGAUUUUUAGAAAAAAAAACAGUAUUUGUAAAUAAUGAUAAUAAUAAAAGGAAAAAAAGGAUAUGGAAAAACAUGCACAGUAUGAAAUGUCAGGAACAGUUUGUGUUCUUGCUCAUUGCCAUUCCUCAGCUCCGUCGGUUGUAUGCUUUCAUGUUAUGGCUCAUAUCAGAGUUUUGUUUUUUAUUUUGCUUUCUUGGUCUGGAACAGUUUUAUUGACAGACUGUAUUGUUUCCCAGAACUCACAAUGAGUUAUUUUACUAUUAAAUUCUUUCUGUCAUGACUGCAACACCUGGGUAUUAUUGAUAAAAUGUUUC